CACUCGGCCUUUUCCGUUCACUCGCGUAUCUGUGCCUAAGGUGCUCGGUCCUUCUCACGAAGCUAAGGCCUGUGAAUCCGGCGACUAGCACCGUUAAAAUUAGGCAUCCACGUCUGAAACAAUAACCCACUGAAAGAGCAAUGGCAUCUGUUUCCGAGCUGGCUUGUAUUUACUCCGCUCUCAUCCUCCACGAUGAUGAAGUUACCGUCACGGAGGACAAGCUACAUGCUCUCAUCAAGUCUGCUGGUGUGACCAUUGAGCCUUUCUGGCCUGGUCUUUUCGCUAAGGCUCUGGCCAGCGUUGACAUCGGCAGUCUGAUCUGUAACGUUGGUGCUGGAGGUGGAGCUGCUCCUGCCGCUGCUGUUGCAGGAGGUGCAGCUGCUCCUACAGUAGACGCACCAGCCAAAGAGGAGGAGAAGAAAGAAGAGAAGAAAGAUGAGUCCGAGGAGUCUGAUGACGACAUGGGCUUCGGUCUUUUUGAUUAAAGCAGUUCUUUUAAUAAAAAAACGAAACUGUCAA